UUAAUUUUACAAAUUUUUCUUUUGUUUUCAGAUGUGCCAUAUUCUCCUCUCAAAACCCAAAACAUCCCAUUGUUAUUUUCUCAAAGCAAAGCAGAAAUCCCUGGAGUUAAAGAAGCCAACAGUGCUGAAACAAAACAAGCAACCUUUGCAAUUCAAAUCAGUGUAGAACAUAAUAACAGAACGGGCAGAAAUGAGGUGGUUUCUUCAGCGACCGUAAACCCAGACAGAAUUCACGAGAGAGGGUUAAAGGUAUACGAUGAUGGACGCACGUCUGUGUACGUGGUGCCGCUGAUGGAGGACACAGUCCCUGAUGGCGCGCUGGGAGAGAUGUCCAGCACUGAAGUGGAAGAGCUUCUGCAUCAGGUCACAGACCAAACAGUGCCUUCUGAGGUUCAGUCCCAUCAUCCGGUGUUCUCUGUGCCAUACACAGGAAACAGCAGGCCAGCAACACCAAGGGCACCAAGUCAAAUGCAUAAAGAAAAAUCAGCCUUUAUUCAAGACCUACAAGAGCAGUUACCUCCACCUAAACCUCACCAGCACUUCACUUCAGGUGCCUUUCAGCCUGAUGAGGAAGCAAAGCGGCACUGUUGUAACACUGCAGGACAAUUCAAAAAUAACAUGAAUCUAACAGGAAGGUCAGACCCUGGUGCUACAACCUCAUCAGGAUUACCCCGCAGCCAGGCAGACACCACCACUGCAGAGCCGGGUGGUCCGCUGCCACUUACUGUGAGUUCUGACGUAAUGCCUGCAACCCAGCCGAUUCACUGGGGGUUAAAUCGACUUCUACCCAAAGUCAUCAGAGACUCAACCACAGCUGAUGAGACACGGAGUGACUUCCACAUCCACCCAGCCACAGAAAACACUGUGAAGCUCUUCAACACACUGCCAGAGGAGGAAGAGGAGGAACCAGUCACAAUGAUUUUCAUCGGCUAUGAAAAUGCUCCAGAUGAAGAGGAGGAAGACAUUCAAGCUGAGCUAGUGACCAUAGGUGACAGUGAUGGUGAAGAGGAUUACAAUGAUCACCACAAGUGUCUUGGUAAUUUGCACUACAGAGAAGAACUUCUGUCCUACCACCCAGAAGGAUGCAUCAGUAAAAUCUUCCAACCCAAAGUGGGGCUAGCCAGGGCUGCUGGAGGAGGACAGCCAGCUGGAGACAGCUACACACACUGCAGGGAUCUGGAGCUCCACAAGCCAACAUUCAUCCACAUGCCAGGGAAAGGCAGCCACUCCACACAGGGCCAGGGCGAGGCGCAGCCUGCAGACUCAGGCUGCAUCAGACCGCAGCAGCUCUGCUCAACAACAAGAUGAGACAGAGUUCUGCUAGGCUUCUUUUUCUUUUAUUGGAAUUGUUUAAUUAUAGAUGCAAACUGUGUUGGAUAUUUUAAGAUUAUGUAAUGACAGGUAUUUGCCAGGAGGUGGCAAUAACAGAACGUGUCAACUGGAGUCAUUUUUAACCAGCUGGUGCUUACCUGGUCUAAGUGUAUUUAUAGUAGGCCACUGCUUAUUAAUAAGAUGCUGUUUAACUAAUGUUCAGAUUCUACUAUUGGUUCUUUCUGGUUCUGGGUCACAGUGAUAAGUGGUUUUUCGUGUUUUAAAUAAAAAUGUUGGAUGGUGAAGCCGACAUGACAAA